AACAAUUUAUUAAUCUCUUGCAUCUCUUUGAAUUAAGAUGGCAUCAAUAAUACAUGCAUCACAGUCCACACCAAAGGCGCCUGCCAAUGCGAAGGGGGCUAAACCCGUCGCUAGACGAUCAGGAAACUAUGCGCCAUCAAUAUGGUCAUUUGAUUUUCUUCAAUCACUUUCUAGUGAAUACACAGGAGAAGCCUACAAAGCAAGAGCCGAUACGUUAAAGGAGGCGGUGAAGAUAUUAAUGAUACCCAAAGUGGGAAAUCCAUUGAGUGUCCUAGAGCUGGUUGAUGAUCUGCAGAGACUCGGAAUAUCAUAUCAUUUUGAGGCUGAAAUAAGUAAUCUCUUAGAGAUGAUUUACUGCAAGCACUACAAAAGUCAUGAUGAGUGGCACAAAAUGGAUUUGAACCUUAAAGCACUUGGAUUUCGUCUGCUGAGACAACGUGGUUAUCCGGUUCCUCAAGAUAUAUUUCAAAACUUUAAGGACGAAAUCGGGGAUAUGAUGGGAGUGUUAAAUUUGUAUGAGGCUUCUUAUAUUUCAUUUGAGGGCGAAAGCAUAUUGGACGAUGCUAGAGACUUCGCAACAAAAUAUCUGAAAGAAAAUCAAGACAAGAUGGAUGAGAGUAUAUCAGCAUUAGUAAGUCAUGCUUUGGAUACUCCACUGCACUGGACAAUGCCAAGGGUAGAGGCAAAGUGGUUUAUGGAAUUAUAUGAGAAAAGAAGUGGCAUGAAUCCCACAUUGAUCGAGCUUGCAAAAUUGGAUUUCAAUAUGGUUCAGGCUAUUUAUAUGGAAGAUCUAAAACACUCGUCGAGGUGGUGGAGCAAUAUAAGCUGGGAUACGAAGUUACCCUUUGCUCGUGACAGAUUGGUGGAGUGUUUUAUGUGGAGUGUAGGUUUUACUUACAAACCUCAGUUUAGUUUGGGAAGGAGAAAUCUAACAAAGGCCGUCGCCAUGAUUACUACUAUUGAUGAUGUCUAUGAUGUUUAUGGCACUUUAGAUGAAGUUGAACAAUUUACUGAUGUUGUCACCAGAUGGGAUGUGAAUGCGAUCCAAGAGCUCCCAGAUUAUAUGCAGAUGUGUUUCCUUGGAUUGUACAGCACAAUAAAUGAGAUCGCGUAUGACAUAUUGAUAGAAUCAGGAAUCGUCACCCUUCCGUACAUAAAGAAAGCUUGGGCAGAUUUAUGCACGUCAUACCUUGUAGAAGCAAGGUGGUACCAUAAUGGAUAUACGCCAACUCUCAAAGAGUACUUGGACAAUGGUUGGGUAUCAAUAACAGGUCCUAUAAUACUCAUACAUAUUAAGUUAUCAACAUCGAUUACUUCAACAGAAGAGAUCCUCCAGUGGUUUGAAGAGUCUUAUGAUAUAGUUCACCACGUAGGGAUGCUUGUACGACUUGCAGAUGACUUGGGGACAUCAUCGGUAUGUAACACAUACAUAACCUGAUCGAUGAUUAUAUUU